CCAGGCUACCAUAUUUGUUUUUGGUUGCCAUGCCUACCUGGUGUGAUGUAUAUAUAAGUUUUGCCACUCCUUUUUUGUCAUUCUUCAGUCAGCUCUUGAUUAGUCAACAUCAAGUUUUUGAGUUUCAAUGCACAAUAUUUCAAUGCACAACAAUGAUGAUGAUCUUACUUACACAAUAUUUCUAUGAGUGAUAUAGCUUGUUCUUCAAUUUCACAUAAGUUUACACUUGUCACACAUUUUCAUAGUACUUUACACUGGGCAGCUGUUUGAACGUAUAUCAAGAUAUCAAUUCAAAUCAAAAUUUUUGUUGUUACAAACACUUCCCUCUCGUGUGACGCCUCAACAUUCAAACAGAUUUUAAAAGCUGAAGUUACUAUGUACAAUUUCAUAUUCAACAUAAUUAUUAAUCACUUCUUCAAUCAUCGUUUGAGAUAGUUGUCAAUCAUUCUGUGUAAUCAUCAAUAUUCAUUAUUUAUCAAUUAAAGUUGUCAUUGAUGUAAUUGUUCAAACUGGACAACUCAAGAAAUCAAUCUACAAGACGUAACCUUAAUCGAAUUGAUUAUCGUGAACUCAAUUCAACUGGACGUGUUAUUCGUCGCGAAGAAGAAGUUUACGUUCCAGAAACUCACAUCCCAGAAACUUACAAUUCUCAGUUAUCUGCGCUCGAGAAAGCCAAUAUUUCACUACAACUUGACCAACUCUCAAUUAUAGAAAUGCCUUCCAACAACGAAGUUGAAGCUAAUAUUUUGAUUCAGGAGAUUGAAGACAUAAUUGACGAGAAUCCCAUAACACCUGAUAGUACAGUAGAUGUUAAUGCUGCAGUUGUCAAGUUACAGGAAUUACGAACAUCACUUAGGCGAUAUGAUAUUCUUCUCAAAGCUGAAAAUCAGACCCAAGAUCUAGUCCGUCAAAUUGCCUGUACACUUAUCAACGUCAAGGAGUACAUAAAGAACUCAAAGGACUGCAAAUCCAAACUCGACCUUCAGCAAAUAAAGAAAAAAAACGAUGAAGCUUCUCGUAAAGAAUGUUCAAAGCUGUUUGUCAUUGCUGAUCUACAAAGAAUUUUAUCUGAACUCAUCACUGAUUUUUCUAUUAACCUUGGUGACUUAACUGAUCCUGAAUUGUUACAAAUGAAAACAGAUUUGUCAUCUAAAAAUGAACUUGUCAAUAAAAUUGCACAAAAAUAUGAACUGAUACUUCAGACAUCAUUCAACACAGCUGAAGUAUUGCUCGAUGUUCAAAAUAUUGGUCAUAGUUACGAAAAGUUGAUUCAAAUCAAAUCAAAUUAUGCAAGAAAGUUACAUUCAUUACUGCAAAGUCGUGAUGUGUACAAGCAAAAAUUGUUCACUGCAUCAAAAUUAAAUAUACACUUGGAAAAAUUUUCUGGCACAUCAGACUCAUCAGAUUUUUACACUUUUAAACCCAACUUUAAUAAGCUGCAUCAAGAAUCCACACCAAAACAUCUGUUACCUGAUCUGCUGAAAAAUAAUUAUCUCAAGGAUCCAGCAUACAGCAUGGUCAAAAGCCUUGCAGACAUUAACGAGAUUUGGAAGAGACUUCAAUUUGCAUAUGGUAACGUUAAACACAUGCUAUCAAAAAAAUUGAAUCAACUUACUUACAUGGAACAUCUCUCCCGUUCAAAAAAUGCAGACAAUCUUGCACUUGCGUUAAGCAACAUUGUUAAUCUUAUGAAAGAGCUCAUGUCAUUGGCUGAAGAACAUCACGUCGAGGAAUAUCUCUAUUAUGGUAAUGGAAUUCAACAGAUCUCUUCACUUCUUGGUGACUCUCGUUUGUCGCGAUGGUUAGCAAUCAAUGAAGAUGUACCUCCAAAAGACACAUGGUGCAAACUGGUAGAAUUCCUCGAGAAAGAACAACGAAUUCAACAACAGAAGAUCAAUCUUAUUGGACCUAACAGCAAUUCAUCAUCCAAAGCUUCAAGGACACAAGAUCAUCAAAAAGACAGGAAGAAAGCUUUCAACUCAUCUUCAUCUGUAGUCACCUGUUCGAUUUGUGAAGCUCAUGAUGGUGAAUUCGAUCAUGUAUCAACUUCAGGUCCAAAUGGUAGUCGUAUUAUUCAAUACUACACAUGCAAGAAAUUUGCUGAGCUCACUCCUGCUAAUCGAUUUGCAUUGCUCAGGGAAAAGGGAUACUGUUAUCAGUGUCUUUAUCCCGGAGCAGAUGUCUCAUCAGGAAAACACAAGGAAAGGCGCUGCCAACACGAUUUCGUUUGUAAGCACGACUCACAUGAGAAGUAUACUGUACGAAAACAUGUUCUUGUAUGUGACGAGCACAAGGAUAACCAAGCCAACAAAGAUCUCCUAGAGAAAUUCAAAAGCCGAUGUGUACGAAAUUCAAGUCUUCCAACAUUUGCUCGAAAUAUCAGUUUGUCCUUCAUAAAUCAGUGUUUCAAAUCAAAUGGUGUAUCUGGUGAAGAGAAAGCACUAAAUCAUGGCAUAUUUCUUCUGCAAUCAAUCAUCAUCAAUAACCAACAAUAUACUAUAUUCUUCGAUAAUGGAUGUAGUGAUUUUAUUGUAAAGUACUCGGCAGUCAAGUCACUUGGUUCUUCAAAUGUCCAGCAGGAAUCAUCUCAGUCAAUAAAAAUCAGUGGCAUUGGUACUGCAACAACUCAAUCCACACAUGGAAUAUAUAAUGUCAAAAUUCCUUUGUUUAAAGGUCAAAUGGCUUCAUUAUCUGGUACUUGCUUGGAUAAUAUCGCUGGUACCUUUCCACAAUAUCCGUUAGAAGAACCAUACAACGAUAUCUGCUCCUCAUACAAGACGUCUGGUAGAGAUCCAUCAUUACUUCCUAAACCAUCAUCAACUGUAGGUGGUGACGUUCAUUUUAUGAUAGGCAUCAAAUACCUACGCUACCAUCCAAAGUUGGUCUAUCAGCUCCACUCUGGUCUAGCAAUUUAUGAGUCACCAUUUUUCAAUGCAAGUGGAGGACGUGGAAUCAUUGGUGGACCGCACUCUGUUUUUACUUGCAUUCAUCAAAGUUUCUUCACGGAGUCUGAAGUAUCUUCCUUCUUCAGCAAUCAGUACAAGCUAUUUAGGAUGGGUGUUCAAGUCAAUCCUGAUCUAUCUUUUCCAACUCUUCCAUCCAAGAUACAGAAACAUUUCGAGGACGUUGAGACCACUGGCUCAGAGAUAACCUAUAGAUGCAUUAACUGUCGAAACUGUAAAGAAUGCAAGAAUUCAUCACAUCAACAAACCAUCAGCAUUAGAGAAGAAAUGGAGCAGAGUAUCAUCAACGAGUCCAUUGACAUCGAUCUGAAAAGUCAAAUGAUUACAGCUACUUUACCAUUCAUCGACAAUCCCGAGCUCAAAUUGGCUCCAAAUAAGGAUAUCGCAGUCAAGACUUACUAUCAACAGUUAAGAAAGUUGGAAAAGAAUCCCACAGAUAAAGCUGACAUCAUAGAUUCAGAGUCAAAACUGCAACAGCUUGGAUUUGUGGAAUAUGUUCAUAAUCUUUCUGAAGAAUCGCAGUUUGCUCUCAAUAAUAACAUUAUUCAAAAUUUUAUACCAUGGAGAGUUGUCUGGAAGAUGACAUCAGUAACCACACCAUGUCGUAUAGUUUUUGAUGGAUCAUUCCCUACAGCCUCUGGUUUCAGCCUCAAUGACAUACUUGCAAAAGGUAGUAACAAUCUGAACAAACUUCAAGAGAUUCUCGUUCGCUGGUCAACCCACAAGAUCGGUAUUCACACAGACAUUCGUAAAAUGUACAAUACGAUACGACUUCACGAGAAACAUUGGUGCUACCAAAGGUAUGUUUGGCAGGAAAAUCUCGAUGUAAACAGAAUACCAUGUGAAAAAGUUAUCAAAACGCUCAUUUAUGGGAUAAGAUCAAGCGGUAACCAAGCUGAGCAGGGACUCAGAGAAAUCGCAAAUACGUUCAAGGAAAAAUUCCCAGAAGUACACAGAAUUGUUCAUGAAGACGUCUACGUCGAUGACUGUAUUACUGGGGAAGAUGAGGUCAAUACAGCACAUUCGCGAGCAGAUCAAUUGGAAUACGUUAUUCAACCUGGUGGUUUUGUCUUGAAAGGAGUUACCUUUUCUGGAGAUAAACCACUUCCCAAUCUUACAGAUGAUGGUGAAUCAAUCAUGGUUGGAGGAAUGAAAUGGUUUCCGGAAACUGAUGAGCUAUCAUUGAAUAUAUCUCAACUCAAUUUUGCAAAGAAGUUAAGGGGAAAGAAGCCAGAAGGUGCCACUGAUAUCAUCCCUAAAAAGUUAACCAGAAGACACUGUAUAUUGAAGGUUGCAGAAAUCUAUGACCUAACUGGAAAAAUCGCUCCACUCGUAGCCUCACUGAAGUUAGACUUACGUGAAUUAUGUCUUCGGCAAUUUCAUUGGGAUGAUGUUCUACCUGAUGACCUUCGUCAGAUUUGGUUGUCAAAUUUUGAAAUGAUGAAGGAAAUUGGAAACAUUCGAUUCAAACGCACAAUUAUUCCUCAAGAUGCUGUAAGUAUGGAUAUAGAAUUACUCGACUUUGGAGAUGCCAGUCAACAUCUUGUUUGUGUAUGCACUUAUGCCCGUAUUUUACGAAAGAAUGGCAAUUAUUCAUGUCAGUUAGUGUUAUCAAGGACAAGAACUGUACCCAAGGAUAUAUCACUUCCCAGGGCAGAACUUUAUGCUGCACUUCUGAACACUCAUACCGGAGAGAUUGUCAAACGCUCAUUCAAGAAUCUUGUCAAAUCUACUAAGAAGUUUACUGACAGUCAGAUCACUCUUCAUUGGAUCAGUAACGAUGAGAAGCCGUUAAAACAGUGGGUGAGGAACCGUGUUUUGGAGAUACAUCGUUUUACAUCGAAAGAUCAAUGGAGCUACGUACAAUCCAAGAAUAUGGUAGCUGAUAUAGGUACAAGACGUGGUGCCACCAUUGAAAAUGUAAAUCAGUCAUCAACAUGGAUAAAUGGUCUCAAUUGGAUGCAUCUACCAGCAGAUAAGUUUCCUGCGCAAUCUACGGCCGAAUUGAGGUUGUCGGAGCAUCAAAUGUCGGAGGUGAAGAAGGAAAGGAUCAUUUGGGUUCAUCACAUGACUGCCUCUAACAUUUCAGCGACCCUGCUGGAAGAGAUGAGAAGGCGUUAUCGGUAUUCACAAUACCUACUAGAUCCCCUCAGGCACAAAUUCACCAUGGUCAUCAAUAUCAUGGCAUACGUGAUCAGAUUCUGCAAGAUCCUCAUUAAUCAUAUCAAAGUCAACAAAAAAGCCAAGCCUCAUUCAAUUGUGCUUCGUGAUGAAGAAAUCAAAGCCGCCGAAAGAUAUUUCUUUGAAAAGGGGACAAAAGAAGUCUACCAUUUCUUAAGCAAAUCAAAGUAUGAAAAAAUCUCGACAGAAAAGGAUAACAUCCUGCUAUAUACAGGGCGAAUUCUACCAGAUAAAGAAGUGAAAAUUGCUGGUACAUUUACAGAUGUGAUGAAAGAUUUGUCUUCAGUUACGUUUUGCGUUCCCUUACUUGAAAGAUUUUCACCAAUAGCGUUCAGUAUAUCGUUAGACGUGCACUGGAAUAACACAACAGUAAAACAUUCUGGUGUUGAGACAACACAUCGAUAUGUCCUCAAGAAGGUACAUAUCAUUGAAGGAAGAAUCCUCAUCAAACAUAUCAAACGAUCAUGCCUUCGCUGCAGAUAUCUUGCCAAACGAACGGUUGAAAUGGCAAUGGGACCGAUAUCUUCGUGUAACAUGACCAUUGCUCUAGCCUUUUAUUUUACCCAAUUAGAUUUAUCUGGUCCAUAUCAGUCUUAUACGCCACAACAUAAGCGUACAACCACAAAGAUAUGGUUAAUUGUCUUUUGUUGUUGUGCCACAUCCGCUGUGAAAAUCAAAGUUAUGGAUGAUUAUUCAACGACAUCCUUCAUUCAAGCAUUCACAAGAUUUUCCUGUGACCACGGGUACCCAAAACGUGUGCUUUGUGAUGAAGGCAGCCAACUUGUAAAAGGCUGCAAAGAGAUGCAUCUGGAUUGGAUCAACCUCAAAUCAAAAUUAAUGAAAAAAGCUCGGGUUGAAUUUGAUGUGUCUGGUACAAGGGCACAAUAUGCAUGGCAAGGUGGAACGGAAAAUUAGAGAGAUAAAUUUAUCAAUUGAGAAGAAUCUACAAAAUCACAGAUUGUCGAUACUACAGUGGGAAACUUUAGCUUCAAGUAUUGCUAAUCAGAUCAAUAAUUUACCCUUUGCUGUAGGAGAUAUCACAGGAGACUUUGAAUGCAUAGAUCUCAUUACACCUAACAGAUUACUACUGGGACGUAACAACGAGCAAUGUCCAGAUGGAAUAAUUUUCUGUGAUAACCCAACGAAGAUCAUCAAGGAAAAUGAAAAAAUAUUCAACGCAUGGUUUGAAGUAUGGCUUCUAGUGCAUGUACCUAAGUUAAUGAAGCAAUCUAUAUGGUUUCAAAGUGAUUCGAUCAACGUAGGUGACAUUAUAUUAUUCACGAAACACGAUUCAGCCUUAUCAAAUCGAUACACGUAUAGUAUUAUCAAGCAUCUGAAAUAUGGAUCGGACGGCUUACCUCGAAAAGCAAAGAUUCAAUACAGAAACGAUAACGAAAAUAUGUUACGUGAGACGUAUAGGUCAGUUCGUGGCCUUGUGGUUAUUCAUUCGAUCGAGGAGUGUGAUUUUAUUGCUGAACUUGGAGCCAUGGCGAAUGAAAUCGAUAUGAAAUUAAUAAUAUAAAUUUUUCCCUUUUUGGCGGGGAAUGUAAAGUUAAAAUUCAAAAAGUACAAAAUUUAUAAAAAAGUUUAUAUUUAUAUUUAUAAUUAUUUAGUGAUAUUUUAGUUUGAGUGACACACCAUGGUAAUCAUCAGCAUCCAGGCUACCAUAUUUGUUUUUGGUUGCCAUGCCUACCUGGUGUGAUGUAUAUAUAAGUUUUGCCACUCCUUUUUUGUCAUUCUUCAGUCAGCUCUUGAUUAGUCAACAUCAAGUUUUUGAGUUUCAAUGCACAAUAUUUCAAUGCACAACAAUGAUGAUGAUCUUACUUACACAAUAUUUCUAUGAGUGAUAUAGCUUGUUCUUCAAUUUCACAUAAGUUUACACUUGUCACACAUUUUCAUAGUACUUUACACUGGGCAGCUGGUAAGUAUUAGCUAUUCUAUGUCAAAUAUUUUAUUUAAAUUUGAACUGGAUAUUUACCGUAAUUUUGUAUUUAUUUAGUUUGAACGUAUAUCAAGAUAUCAAUUCAAAUCAAAAUUUUUGUUGUUACAAACACUUCCCUCUCGUGUGACGCCUCAACAUCGUCCCACCGCCAAAUUUAUACGUUUAGCAUAUACUUUUUAUUGUGAUUGUCCCUAAGAACUUUGACUUUGUGGGAACUUUUAAACAGUGCAUUUUAUAUACAGCAUAUGCUUAUUUCAAAACAUUUAAGAACAUGAGAAGAUCUCUUUAACAUUUCCAUGUUACUUUGAAUUGUAAUAAAAUUGCUAAAAACAAAAGAAUGAAGCAAUACCUAAUCUAAGAAUAGUCAAAGUUUGUUUUAUAAUAUUUCUUAU